GUCCCAUUGGCCAAUCCCUUUAAAUUGCCAAAAUUCUUAUUCUCUCUCUCUCUCUCUCUCUUUUUUCUCUCGAUUCCUAAUUCUAAUUCACUUUCCACAUAAACAAACUCAACUCCUUUUUUCCGAGUUCUCUUCCUCCUCUUUCGUCUCGCAGAGAUUCCUCAGUCGCCUCUCUUCUCCGGCUCCGGCAACUCCUCCGGCACCGCUGCUCACCGAUUCCGCAUAUGGGUGCGGGAGAGGACACGGAAAGGGAGGUGAGGCGAAUUACUCUAACGAAGCCUGUGUCUUUGGAGGGGGGAUCCGAUGCGGCCGAUUACAGGGCUCCCAACUUGCUCCAACGAAUCCUCAGCCUCUUUAAAGAUGUACGGCCAGGAUCGGAUCUAUCUCACCUUAAGGUGCCCCCACAGUUCAACAUGCCAAAAUCACAACUUCAAUGUUAUGGAGAAUCUGUGUAUUGCUUCAGUGAGGACAUGUUAAGCAAAUGCAACCGUGGGAAGAAUCCAUUAGACAGAUUUGUGGCUGUGGUAGCAUGGAACAUAUCUAACAUUCGCCCUCUCACUUUUGGUAUUUCUCCUUUCAACCCAAUUCUCGGGGAGACUCAUCAUGCUUCAGCAGGCUCCCUAAACGUUCUACUCGAGCAGAUUUCACAUCAUCCACCAGUGAGUGCCCUCCAUGCUACUGACGAAAAGGAAAACCUUGAAAUGAUAUGGUGUCAGGAGCCUGUGGCCAAGUUCUAUGGUACAUCGGUGGAGGUGGAAGUAAGAGGCAAGAGAGAGCUGAGACUUCCAAAUCAUGGAGAAACUUAUGUUAUGAAUGCUCCAAAUCUCAUGUUCAAAUUUCUUCCAACACCUGGGGCUGAAUGGAGUGGUAAUAUCAGAAUCGCGUGCCAAGACAGCAGUCUCGAAGCCGAUUUACGCUGCAAAGGUCUUUCUUUCUUUGGUCUAAGAGGAAGUGCCAGAUCAAUCAAAGGAAAGAUUUUCGAUACCUCGUCCUCGAAACCUCUUUACGAGAUUGAUGGUCAAUGGGACAGAAUCGUCACAAUGAAGAACGUCCAGAGCGGAGAAGCCACGGUCAUAUACAAUGCAAAAGAAAACAUUUGGAGGCUGAGAACUCCUACAGUUCAAGAUCCAAGGGGUGUGUGGGAAAGUGAAUCAGCAGUUGUGUGGAGUGAGGUGAGCCAAGGAAUUGUGAACAAGGACUGGGAAGCAGCAAGAAAAGCAAAGAGAGCCAUGGAGGAGAAACAAAGGGAGGUUGCAAGAGAAAUGGCAUCCAAAGGUGAGACUUGGGUUCCUAAGCACUUUACUUUUUCUCAUACCAAAGAAGGUGGGUGGGACUGCACACCCAUCCAAAAAAYUGUCCCACCAGCUCCCAUUUUUGUGCCCAAAUGAACAUAUUCCUAAUCCUUCCCCACUAAAUUUUUUGUACAAUAACACAACAUCAUGUUGUAAUGUAACUAUUUAUUAUUAAGGAGUCAUAGAUUUGAUAAAAGGCUAGCUGAUUCCUAA